CUUGAUUGAUAUUUGGCUACUUACACUAAAAUGUUAACAAUAUUAUUUAGCCUAUUUUUUGUCGUUCUCCUUUUUGAGCACGGGUCAUGCCAAGCAUCAUUGUGCGACGGUCCAGGAAGAUAUACAUGUUCGGACGGAGUUUGCAUAUCAAGAGCUAGACUUUGUAAUGGAAUAGCAGACUGCCGCAGCGGAGAAGAUGAAUCGAAUUGUUACUAUGGGUCCACGUGCGAAAAAAAUUAUCGUUGGUGGUUUGCAAACGGAUAUAUAUGCAAGCAAGGUUGUGAAUCGACUCGACAAUGCAAAGGUCAAUUGAAGCAAUGUGUAUGCGAUGAUGAGUGUGGAACGAGUUGCAUCAAUCCUAAAUCAAUAUGUAAAGAUGAACCACCAACCGUUGAACACGCUGUUUACCGGAAUAUCAGACGAACAGUUUUUGACAGGAACGGAUUUAAGCGUUUGGAGAUUGUUGAUCGAGUAAGGCCUCCUUACUACUUGUGGGACAUGAUAACCUACACAUGCGAACCUGGACGACGUUUGGUUGGCCCUCUACCGAGAUGCAGUGGGCAUCGCCGUUGGAGCAAUGAGCUUCCGGAGUGCGUAGAAAUUACAUGUCAGGGUCCCAUCCCAGAUGUAAUUUAUUCAACACACUAUCGAUUUUUGAGACCGUACAAAGGAAAAAUGUUGCCAGUUUCAAUUUGGAAGAUUCCGAAUAUGAAUGACGUGGCGCAUAUGAAUGACGUGGUUGAAUACACAUGCGAAGAAGGAUUUUUGCUCACGGGCAAACCUCCAAAAUGUCUCAAUAAUGAAAAGUGGUCAACUCACACCACACAAUGUAUUGCUCUUCGAAAUCCACGUCGUAAUUUUGGCCCGCCCAUCAGCGCAGAUGCAAUUGAUGGGAAAGAGAUUUAUCUCAUGUUCGAGAUCUCAGAAAGCGUUUUGAGACGACCAAAAGAUUUCAAAAACGGAAUAGAAUUUGCAAAGCGACUUGUUCGACGGAUGAAAGGAUUUAAGGGGACUUUACAGUUCGGAAUAAUGGUUUUUGCAUCGGAAUAUCUUUCGAUCCUGGAUAUUUCUGAAAGUUCGACUAGUCCGAAAAGUAUAAAGCAGAUAUUAUUAAUUUUGGACCAAAUCUACGCAGGAGUCCUCAGCAGACAUCAUUACGUGGAAAUAACAGGAUCUGGAACAGCAACUGCAAAUGCCUUGUUACAACUUGAAAAUGUGAUUGAACGAAUGAAUAUUCAACCGAAAAAUGCAAAUAAUAAAAGACAAUGCUUCAUUUUCACUGAUGGAGAACAUACUGACGGAAUUGAUCCCAUAAUAAUGAGAAAACGAAUAGAAGCUCAAUUCAGUCCGAAUAUUGAGUUUUACAGCAUAACAGCUUGUAGGCAUUGUCAAGAAGGUGCCAAUCUAAAAGAAUUGGUUGGACUCUCAUCAAAAGAUGGAGAAAACUACAUUUAUAUAGAAGAUUUUUAUCAAAUUCAGAGUUACCUCGAUAGAAUUACCGAUUUAAAAUUUGAUUUUGCGAAAUGUGGCCAAGCUGGUGAUGUCGGAAGCAUAAAACAACAAACCAGAUUACGUAGAUCAAUAGGUGGAGAAGACGCAGCUGAAAAUGCUUGGCCCUGGCAAGUUUUAAUUACAAGAAAAGCACGAACACCAGAGAUGACUUUAGGGAAGAAUCAUCUGAGAGGAGGAGGUUCAAUUUUGAAUAAAAAAUGGAUAUUAACGGCAGCUCAUAUAUUUGAUAGACAAUUGAUGGACCUUGGAUGGUUGGAGAAUCAUGUGGUGUCUGUGGGGAUAUUCACUCGACCUACCUUUCGCAAUGAAAAAGUCACAUCUACCAUCAAAAUGUAUUCAAUCGGAGACUACAUUCCACACGAACAAUAUUCAAAUGAAGAGGGUAAUAAUUUCGAACACGACAUUGCUUUGAUAAAACUUGGGCCUGAGUUUGAUUCAAACAUGCAAGCCAUUGGGGCUGACCAAUUAACAUUUGGAUACUACAUUCGCCCCGUAUGUCUGCCUUGCACUGGGACUUGCUUGACAGCAGAGCGAUUGGUGGAUGAUAAUGGAAUAUCAUUGAUAAAAGAAGGAAUGAGCGAAUCAGAGAAAUGUCGGAUAGAAGAGAAACAACUCCUUGGCAAUGACGCAAAAGUUGUCUUAACCGGAUUCGGACAUAUGAAUAUCAGUCAUACGUUUAACCCAUCCAGAAAUCUUCGACAAGCUUUACUUCAAAUCGAAAGACGACAAACCUGUGAACGAGUGACAGAGAAAAUUAGACGUACAGAAAGCUUGGAUACUCUCAUAUUUUCAGACAAUAUGUUUUGUUGCAAAUCUGGAGAUCCAAAUAAAAUGAUUAAUGCUUGUGCAGGAGAUACCGGGAACCCAGUAGUGAGAGAGGUGAAAAAUGUUGAGGCUGAAGGUUCAUGCUGGGUUCAAGUAGGAAUAGUAAGCUUUGGAUUUACAUGUGGCUCGGACUUUCCGGGAUAUUACACAAAUGUUGCAAGAUACGUUCCUUGGAUUCAAUCAAAAACUGAAGCAUAAUGAAACCAAU